GGGCGUUGAGGCGGUAGGCGGGGCGGGGGCGGGGCGUGACCCGGAAGUCGCCGGCGGGUCCCGCCCGUCGCGCCCGAGGAGGCAGGCUGCGACCGGCCCGCGGAGCUGCAGCCGCCUUCUGCGCCGUCCCCGCUCCUCCGGCCGACAUCAUGCUCCAGUUCCUGCUUGGAUUCACUUUCGGCAACGUGGUUGGGAUGUAUCUGGCUCAGAACUAUGACAUACCAAACUUGGCUAAAAAGCUUGAAGAAAUUAAAAAGGACUUGGAUGCCAAGAAGAAACCCCCCAGUUCGUGAGACUGACGCCGGCACUGCCUUCUGGAUACACUGCUUCUGUCUCUGCCGUCGGAUCCCAAAGCAUCUGGGCUCCUCUCCAGCCUCAGCAGUCGUCUUUGCCCAGUCCCCAGGUGGCCUCGGGAGAAUGGGGCCGCCUGACGUCGCCAGCGUCCUCGCCUUCUCCCGUGUCCUCCUGCCAGCUGCUUGGGAAUCCUGAGGCUGGGAUUGUGGUGCUAGAUUAGUAAACAUGACCUUUAAUUAGUGGUCCGUCCCUUAUUCUUUGGGAUUUCUACUACCUUUUGUCAAGAGAAAAAUUGAUAAGUUUUGUAUAGCUGAUAAAAUAGAUAUAAUACGCGUUUUAUGGUUUAGCAGUUAUAAUGGGUGCUUUUUAAACAUUCAUUACUAAAUUCUGUUUUGAAGUACUUAAUAUUUAGAAGACAGUUUUUUAUGAAUUAUCCAUUUGCUUUAUACUGUCAAGAAGCUCCAUAGUUGAUAAUUUAGCCAGUAAAUUAAUUUACUAUUCAUUAACUAGGAAACUAUAUUCUAAGAAUCCUGUCUGGAAUAUGCAAAAUAAUGGCCUUUGUCUGAGUUCAGUCCAUUUCAUAUGCAGGUUUUCCUUAAUGAUGUAUUUGAUCUGACUUGUCUCUCAAAAGAAUCAUACCUGGGGUUAUAGGAGCAUUGACAUUACAUGAUGGAUAAGUGAGAAGUUGACUAUAAAGGAAAUUUUAUGCCUUUUCAUAUUAAAAAAGUAUGUCACAACUUUAUAGUAAUUAUUAUAACAAAAAUGGGUCCAAAUGUACAAUAAAAUCAGCCUCCCAAGAAGAA